GCUAAAGAGGUCUCCCAGCUGCAGAGCGAGACGAAAUACAAAGAAGACGGAAGAAGGAAUCUUUCUAGAAGCCUCUUCUCUUUGCUGCCAGAGACAGCAGAAACACAGUUUGCGAAAGAGCUUUCAGACAUAAAAAGUGAGAUAAAGUACAAAGAAGAAGGCAAGAAGGAGAUGUCUGCAAGCCUGUAUUCCCUGCUUCCAGAGACGACGGAAACUCAGUUUGCUAAACACCUGAUAGAAAUCCAGAGUGAGAACAGAUACAGGGAGGCUGGAAGAAAGGAGGUGAGCAGCUCUUUGUACUCACAGCUACCGGAGACCAAGGAGACCCAACAUGCUAAGGAGGCCCGUCAGCUACAGAGUGAGGUGAAGUACAGAGAAGGUGUCAAAAAUACCUUGUCCAGCUCUCUCUACUCUCAGCUUCCGAAGACACCGGAGAUCCAGUUUGUAAGAGAGAUGUCGGAGCUGCAGAGUGAGAACAAGUACAAAGAGCCGGGGAAAAAAGUCACGUGCAGCAGUAUUUAUUCUCAACUGCCUGAGACCUCAGAGAUCCAGUUUGCUAAAGCGCUGUCAGACGUCCAGAGUGAGAUCAAGUACAAGGAAGCGGGAAAGAAGCAGGUGUCAAAAUCUUUGUACUCCCAGCUACCAGCGACUAAGGAGAUGGAGCAUGCCAAGGAGGUCUCCCAGCUACACAGUGAGAUAAAAUACAGAAGUGGGAAAAGUCAGACCUGUAAUACUCUUUACUCUCAACUACCAGAGACAAUAGAAACUCAGUUCGCCAAGCGGCUCUCAGACAUCCAGAGCGAGACCAAAUACAAAGAGGAUGGAAAAAAGGACAUUUCUACAAGCCUCUAUUCUUUGCUUCCGGAGACGAAUGAAACUCUGUUUGCCAAACAGAUGUCGGAAAUACGGAGCACGCAAAAGUACAAAGGAGACACCCAGAAGGAGCUGUCACAGUGCUUGUACGCGCAGAUGGAGCACACCAACGAGACCCAGUUCGCUAAAGAGCUCUCCCAGUGUCUGAGCGAGACCAAGUACAAGGAGGCUGGGAAGAAGCGGGCUUCCACCUCCCUGUAUUCGCAGCUACCAGAGACAAAGGAGACCCAGCAUGCCAAGGAGGUCUCUCAGCUGCAGAGCGAGAUCAAAUAUAAAGCGGACGGAAAGAAGACCGUUUCGAAUUGCCAUUACUCUCAGCUUCCUGACACAGCGGAGACACAGCUGGCCAGAGAGCUCACAGAAAUACAGAGUGAGAACAAAUACAAAGAAAAGGGGAAGAAGAGUAUUUCUGUGAGUAUUUAUUCUCAGCUUCCGGAAACCACAGAGCUGCAGUUUGCAAAAGCGGUAUCGGAACUCCAGAGUGAGAUUAAGUACAAGGAAGCGGGGAAAAAAGACGUUUCCAGUUCUCUAUAUUCUCAGCUUCAAGAGACCAAGGAAAUACGACACGCAAAAGAAAUCUCUCAGUUACAGAGUGAGGUAAAAUACAAAGAAAGCAGUAAAAAGGAAAAUUCCAGACCGCUGUACUCUCAGCUUCCAGAGACGGCUGAGAUUCAGUUUUCCAAAGAGAUCUCCAACAUCCAGAGUGAGGUUAAAUACAAGGAGGGUGGGAAGAAAGACACUGCUGCAUGCCUUUAUUCCCUGCUUCCAGAGACCCAAGAGACUCAGUUUACUAAACAGAUGUCAGAAAUACAGAGUGAGCUUAAGUACAAAGGAGACACCCAGAAGGAGCUGUCACAGUGCUUGUAUGCGCAGAUGGAGCACACCAACGAGACCCAGUUCGCUAAAGAACUCUCCCAGUGUCUGAGCGAGACUAAGUACAAGGAGGAUGGGAAGAAGCAGACUUCAACAUCCCUGUACUCCCAGCUGGCAGAGACGAAGGAGACCGAGCACUCCAAGGAGGUCUCCCAGCUGCAGAGUGACAAAAAGUACAAGGAGGGUGGGAAGAGGAUGCUUGCCAGUAGCCUGUACUCUCAGCUCCCGCAGACGGCAGAGAUCCAGUUUGCUCUCAAGCUUUCAGACAUUCAGAGUGAGAACAAGUACAAAAUGCUUGGAAAGCAGCACAUGUGCUCAAGCAUCUAUUCUCAGCUUCCCGAGACGACCGAGAUCCAGUUUGCCAGAGCAACAUCAGAACUGCAGAGCCAGAUUAAGUACAAGGAAGCAGGGAAGAAGGAGGUGUCCACCCCUCUGUAUUCCCUGCUGUCUGAGACCAUGGAGACCCAACAUGCCAAGGAGGUCUCACAGUUACAGAGUGAGAAAAAGUACAAAGAGAACAGGAAAAAAGAGACCUCUGUGUGCCUGUAUUCCCAGCUGCCCGACACAGCUGAGAUUCAGUUUGCAAAGGCAGUGUCUGAGCUACAGAGUGAGAAUAAGUACAAGCAGAAAGGGAAAGAGGACAUGUCCAGCAGCACAUUCUCUCAGCUCGCCCAGACGGCAGAAAUAGAGUUUGCUAAGCAAAUCUCUGAAAUGCUGAGUGAGCAAAAGUACAAAGGAGACACCCGGAAGGAGAUGUCACGGUGCUUGUAUGCACAGAUGGAGCACACCAACGAGGCCCAGUUCGCUAAAGAGCUCUCCCAGUGUCUGAGCGAGAGUAAAUACAAACAAGCUGGGAAGAAAGUGUUUGCCAGCAGUCUGUACGCCCAGAUGCCGCAGACCAGAGAAACCCUACAUGCUAGGGAGCUUUCGAGGCUCUUCAGUGAGAGGAGUUAUAAAGAGGGGAGUAAGAAGGAUACUACCUGCCUUUACACCCAAAUGCCCCAGACCAUUGAAACUGUUUUUGCCAAACAGUUGUCAAAGCAACAGAGUGAUAAACUGUACAAGGAAAAGUACAAUGCCGAAAAGGGAAAAUCGAGCUACACGUCAAUGAAGACCCUGCCGGAGGUCGCCCACGCUUUGGAGGUCAACAAGCAUCAGAGUGAUCUUUCAUACAGGAAAGGGAAGCAGGAGCUCCACAAGUUCACAGAAGUACUGGAUCGACUGGACAUCCUUGGUGCCACGCAGGCCACCAAACUCGUCAGCAAUAUCGCCUAUAAGAGUAAAAUCAGAAUGGACAUGUACAAUGAGCAGUCGCUGCUUGGGAGACCAGACAUCCAGUGUGCAAGAGAAGCCGCCGCACUUGCUAGCCAGGUUAAAUACAAGGAGAAGUUUGAGCGGGACCGAAAAGGACAAAAACCACAGUACAACCCAGGUGACUGUUUGUCCUUCAAACACAGCCGAAGCGCUGCCGCUCUGGCCAGUCAGGUGAAAUAUAAGCGUGACCUCCAGCAGAUCCAUGAACCCUUUUCAGACCUGCCCAACCUUCUACAGCUGGAGCAUGUUUUGCAUGCAAGCAAGUUACAGAGCAAUGUGAAAUACAAAGAGCAGUAUGAGAAGUCAAAAGGAAGGUCACACAUGGAAUUUUUGGACACUGAAUCUUACAGAAUUUGCAAGGAGGCUCAGAAAAUCCAAAGUGAGAAGGAGUACAGGAAAGAGUAUGAUGACAACAUGCGGGGCAAGGCGCUGGUCGAAGUGGAAAUGACGCCUUGGUACCUGCAUGCGCGGUACGCUGGCAGCCUUGCGAGUGAGCGGGAGUACCGGAAAGACCUGGAGACCGAGGUGAAAGGGAAAGGACUGUCAGGCCUUGGUCUGGAGGAGACACCAGACUUGCUCCGGGUCAAGAAUGCUGGUCAGAUCCUUAGUGAGAAGGAAUACAGGAAAGAUCUGGAGUUGGAGGUGAAAGGAAAGGGACUCUCAGGAUUAGGACUUGAGGAGACACCAGAUCUACUUCGGGUGAAAAAUGCUAACCAGAUCCUCAGUGAGAAGGAGUACAGGAAGGACCUGGAAACGGAGAUCCGAGGGAAAGGCAUGGAGAUUAGCGCUGAGCUGCCAGAGAUCCAGAGGGCCAAGAAAGCCUGCCAGAUUGCAAGCCAGACUACCUACAAGCAGUCAUCCAGUCUGAGGGAAAGCUCCUAUGGAACAGUGACAGAUACACCUGAACUGCUGCAUGCUGCCUACCUAAAGGACAUGUACAGCCAGAAGAAGUAUAAAGAUGAGGCGGAGAAGCUAAAGGGCACGUAUGCAGUGGUGCCAGACACUCCUGAGAUGGAGAGGGUGAAGACCAACCAAAGGAACAUUAGUUCGUUGCGCUACACGUGGGACUCCAAACUACUGCGCAAUCUCAUGUCUUCGGUCACGGAGACACCAGAAAUAGUACUUGCCAGAGAAAACGCCAAGAAAAUCAGCAACAUCCAGUACAAGGAGGAGUUGGGCAAAGGGACUGCCGUGAAGGACACUCCUGAGAUGGAGCGGGUCCGGAAGAACCAAGAGAACAUCAGCACGGUACAGUACAGGAAGGAGGUGGGCAAGGGGACUGCUGUGAGGGACACCCCUGAGAUUGAAAGGGUCCGGAAGAACCAGGAGAACAUCAGCAUAGUACAGUACAGGAAGGAGAUGGGCAAGGGGACUGCUGUAAGGGACACCCCUGAGAUUGAAAGGGUCCGGAAGAACCAGGAGAACAUCAGCACCGUCAAGUACAAAGAGCAGGUUGGCCAACCUACAGCGGUUGGUGUGACCCCUGAGAUGGAGAGAGUCCGGCGGAACCAGGAGAACAUCAGCACGGUGAAGUACCAGCAGGGGCUGCACACCAUGAAGGGACGAGGCUGCUCUGCCGUGGACACACUUGAGCUGCGACGCGUCAGGGAGUCCCAAAGCGCAGUGUCUAUGGCAAAGUAUCAUGAGGACUUUGAGAGGGCAAAGAGGCGAGGACUUGUGCCAGUGGCGAGUGAUCCCAACCUGGAGCAUGUGCCACACAAUAACCAGGUGAUGGUCGACACGGCGUACAAGGGCGUGCACCCACAUGUGGUGGAAAUGGAUCGGGGACCUGGUGCCAUCAUAGACCUCAAAGUGUGGCGCACUGACCCCGGCUCCAUCUUUGACUUUGACCCUGUCGAGGAUAACAUUCAGUCCAGAAGUCUGCGCAAACUCUCUGACCGUGCAAGCCGCUACAGCUGCCAGCAAUCCCAGCAGUCCCUGCACUCUCAGUGCCAGCAGUCAGUGAGCUCACUGGGCUCGGAGCUCUGGGAAAAGAGCCUGUCAGAGUGCAGCAGCAGUUUCACCCUAUACUCCCAGGACAGAGCCGCUGUGCUUCCUGGGGAGUGCCAUGAAAGUGGACUCCAACAGAGCCACAGCUACCUGCACCAGUCCAGUACGUACUCUGAGAGGUCCAUCCAGUCGCCUCUGCACUCCAGCACAAUGAGAGCGUACAGAGCUAUGUAUGACUACAUGGCCCAGGACAAUGACGAAGUGUCGUUCCGGGACGGCGACAUGAUCAUCAAUGCCCAGUCCAUCGAUGAGGGCUGGAUGUACGGCACAGUGCAGCGAACAGGAAAGUCUGGGAUGUUCCCUGCCAACUACAUGGAGUGUUUCAACUAGAGCGUAUGGUCUGUGUCUGGUCCCAUGGAGGCCCACACCACUGGUCCAAGAAGCUACACAGUGGGGCUUCAGAAAAUUAGCAAAUUUCUUUACUGAGGAGAUUUAUUUGAUAAGUAGAAAAUGUGGUUUAUAGGUAGCCAAGCUUGUUCUAGGAAACAGCCUAUAUGGAUCAUGAAAUAUAAUCAUUAUACUUAGGAGAACAUUGCAAUUGAAAAUAUUUAUAAACUAAAUGUUAAGGUUUCUUUCACUUGAAGACAUUUGAAUCUCUUCAGUGUCGAGUUUAGUUCACCUGAUCAGAUACCCAAGGGGAAUGAAAAUGCACAGAAACAGCAAGACAUUGAUAAGGGAAAUUUGCCUGUUUCACUUUUGUUAUCUUUUCAUUAGGC